AUGUCUCCAUCUCAUCCCGACGCCAUAGGACAACGUCAAGCUCAAGAUCGGGAGACGCGCUCUGAGAGGACCAGAACAGCAGACUCGUAUGGCCUGGAAAGAACGACCUCAGGCGUUGACGUUGAGCGAGCCGAGAAAGAUUUCGCAGAAUUGAGCAGAGAGUUCAGUUCCAUCAGUCGUCGCAUGUCAAGGCCUCAAUCGAGAGCCUCUGCCGCCAAAGUAAAGGAUGUGGAGAAGGCGAUCAGCUCGUCCGACUACACUUUGGAGGAAGGGUUCGAUCUCGAAGCUACACUGCGUGGAAACCGUGAGGCCGACCAUGCUGCCGGUAUCAAGGCCAAAUACAUUGGCGUCAUCUGGGACAAACUUGCGGUACGCGGCAUUGGUGGCGUCAAAAAUUUCGUCAAGGUCUUUCCUCAGUCAUUUGUCGAUUUCUUCAAUGUUCCCGGCACAAUAAUGUCCAUUCUGGGAUACGGCAAGAAAGGCAGAGAGUUCAACAUUCUGAAUGGUUUUCACGGCGUGGCAAAGCCUGGAGAAAUGGUACUCGUCCUGGGUCGACCUGGGAGUGGAUGCACAACAUUCCUCAAAGUUAUUGCAAAUCAACGAUUCGGGUAUACUGGCAUUGAUGGUGAAGUGCUCUAUGGCCCUUUCGAUGCUUCGACCUUCGAAAAGCAAUACCGCGGUGAAGCAGUCUACAACCAGGAAGAUGAUGUCCAUCAUCCAACCCUCACGGUCGGCCAGACACUUGGUUUCGCGCUCGACACCAAGACUCCGGGAAAGCGACCGGAAGGAAUGAGCAAAGCCGAGUUCAAAGAUAAAGUUAUCCGGCUUCUCCUGAAAAUGUUCAACAUCGAGCAUACCAUCAACACUAUCGUCGGCAAUCCCUUCAUGCGCGGCGUGUCCGGGGGUGAGCGAAAGCGAGUGUCUAUCGCUGAAAUGAUGAUCACAGCAGCAACUGUGUGUGCAUGGGACAACAGUACUCGUGGAUUGGACGCUUCUACAGCAUUGGACUAUGCCAAAUCUCUUCGAAUCAUGACCAACAUCUACAAAACAACCACAUUCGUCUCGUUAUACCAAGCCUCCGAGAACAUUUACAAGCAGUUCGACAAGGUGAUGGUGAUUGACCAAGGUCGACAGGUCUUCUUUGGACCUGCCAAAGAAGCCAGAUCAUAUUUCGAGGGACUGGGAUUCUUGGAAAAGCCUCGUCAAACCACCCCGGAUUAUCUCACAGGAUGUACCGAUGAAUUUGAGCGAGAGUACCGAGAGGGUCGGUCCUCCGAAAAUGUACCGUCAACACCAGAUGCCCUUGUGGCAGCGUUCAACAAGUCGGUCUACUCGGAAAGACUGCGCAAAGAAAUGGACGACUACCGAAUAUCAAUUGAAAAAGACAAGCAGAUCUACGAUGACUUUGCGGCUGCCCACCGAGAAGCCAAGCGAAAACACACCUCGAAGGACUCGGUCUACUCCGUUCCCUUUCACCAACAGAUCUGGUCUCUCAUGCAGCGACAAUUCUUGAUAAAGUGGCAGGAUAAAUUUUCGCUCGUCACCUCCUGGAUCACUUCGAUAGUCAUUGCCAUUGUUGUCGGAACAGUGUGGUUGAACCAACCCAAGACUUCGGCUGGCGCUUUCACCCGUGGAGGUGUCCUGUUUAUUUCCCUGCUGUUCAACGCUUUCCAGGCCUUUUCAGAACUUCCAUCCACGAUGCUUGGCCGACCUAUCGUCAAUAAACAUCGAGCAUACACUUUCCAUCGACCGGGAGCAUUAUGGUUGGCGCAAAUCCUUGUCGACCUUGCAUUCUCCUCGGUUCAGAUCUUCGUCUUCAGCGUCAUCGUAUAUUUCAUGACCGGUCUGUCACGUUCGGCUGGAGCCUUCUUCGUCUACGUGUUAAUCAUCAUUUCGACGUACCUAUGCAUGACGCUGUUUUUCCGCACGAUUGGCUGUUUAUGUCCGGACUUCGACUACGCUAUCAAAUUCGCGGCGACAGUGAUCACUCUCUUUGUCAUCACCUCAGGCUAUAUCAUCCAGUACCAGAGCCAACAGGUAUGGCUGCGAUGGAUCUUCUACAUCAAUACACUUGGCCUGGGCUUUUCAGCCAUGAUGAUGAACGAGUUCAAACGGUUGACCAUGCAAUGCGAGGGCACGUCUCUGAUACCGAACGGGUCGGGGUACACUAAUAUCAACAACCAAGUCUGCACAUUGCCAGGAUCUAAAGCCGGUUCGGACCAGGUCUCGGGAUCAGACUACGUCAAGACGGGGUUCUCAUAUGACCCCAAGGACCUAUGGCGGAACUGGGGCAUCAUCAUCGUGCUCUGUGUGGUCUUCCUGAUUACCAACGUCACAUUGGGCGAGACGAUCAAGUACGGCGCCGGAGGUCGGACAGUGACAUACUUCGCCAAAGAGAACAAGGAGCGCAAAGAGCUGAAUCAAAAAUUGCAAGAUCGAAAACGCAGGAGACAAACGAAGCAAGACGCCGAAGACAGCUCCGAGCUCAACAUCACCUCCAAAGCAGUCCUGACCUGGGAGAGUCUCACUUACGAUGUGCCGACGGCUUCGGGUCAAAAACGCCUCCUCAAAGACGUAUUCGGAUACGUACGACCAGGCCAACUCACAGCCCUGAUGGGUGCCAGUGGUGCCGGCAAAACCACCCUUCUCGACGUCCUCGCGGCGCGCAAGAACAUCGGCGUGAUAGGCGGCGACAUCCUCGUCGACGGACAAAAACCCGGCAUUGGAUUCCAACGAGGCACAUCUUACGCCGAACAACUCGACGUCCACGAGUCGACACAAACUGUGCGUGAAGCCUUGCGGUUCUCAGCCGACCUCCGGCAACCCUACGAUGUGCCCCGCGAGCACAAGUACGCUUACGUCGAAGAGAUUUUGUGUUUGCUUGAACUCGAGAACCUCGCCGACGCCAUCAUCGGCAGUCCCGAGAGUGGGCUUUCCGUCGAAGAGCGUAAACGCGUGACAAUCGGCGUCGAACUCGCUGCCAAACCUCAACUGCUUCUCUUUCUCGACGAACCAACUUCAGGUCUCGACUCACAAUCCGCGUUCAACAUCGUGCGGUUCUUACGUAAACUUGCAGCCGCGGGACAAGCCAUCUUAUGUACCAUCCACCAGCCUAAUAGCGCUUUGUUCGAGAACUUCGAUCGCCUACUAUUGCUCCAAAAGGGCGGCGAGACAGUGUAUUUCGGCGACAUUGGCAAAGACGCACACGUUUUGCUUGGAUAUUUUUCCCGUCACGGCGCCGAGUGUCCCGCCGACGCGAAUCCCGCGGAAUGGAUGCUCGAUGCCAUCGGCGCCGGGAUAGCGCCUCGUAUUGGAGACAUCGACUGGGGCGAGAUAUGGCGGUCGAGCGACGAAUUAGCGACAGUCAAAUCCGAGAUCAUCGCUAUGAAAGAAGAACGUCUUCGCCAACACGCCGACAGUCAAGAAGGACUUGGGGAGCAAGAAUACGCAAGUCCGCUAUGGCACCAGGUCAAGUGCGUGAGCUGGCGCACACAUUUAGCCUUUUGGCGCAGUCCGAACUACGGCUUCACACGACUUUUCAACCACGUCAUCGUUGCGCUCUUGACUGGUCUGGACUUUUUACAGCUCGACGACAGUCGGUCGUCCCUGCAAUAUCGAGUAUUCGUGGUGUUUCAAGUCACCGUCAUUCCGGCCUUGAUUCUCGCCCAAGUCGAGCCAAUGUACGAUAUGAGCCGGCUGAUUUUCUACCGCGAGAGCGCGGCGAAAGCGUACAGUCAAUUUCCCUUUGCGUUUGCCAUGGUCUGCGCCGAGAUGCCGUACAGUCUACUUUGCGCCGUGUUCUUUUUCAUACCGGUAUAUUAUUUGCCGGGCUUCAAUCCGUCAAGCAGUCGAGCGGGAUAUCAGUUCUUCAUGAUCUUGAUCACCGAGUUGUUCAGUGUCACGGCAGGACAGAUGAUUGCCGCGCUUACACCGUCGAGCUUCAUUUCUAGCUUGAUCAACCCCUUCGUGGUGAUUAUCUUUGCGCUUUUCUGUGGCGUGACGAUUCCGAAACCGCAGAUCCCCAAGUUCUGGAAGGCUUGGUUGUAUCAGCUUGAUCCGUUCACGCGGCUUGUGUCAGGUAUGGUGACCACGGAGUUACAUGACUUGCCUGUGGUUUGCAAGACGCAUGAAUUGAAUUCUUUCCCUGCUCCGAGUGGACAGGACUGUGGGAAGUACAUGGCGGAUUUCUUUGAUAGGGGUGGUGCGGGAUACCUCGUCAGCAAUGUCAGCGACGUGUGUCAGUACUGCGCUUAUAAGGUUGGAGAUCAGUUCUAUGAGCCCUUGUUGUUGAGCUUUGACACGAGAUGGCGGGAUCUCGGGAUCUUUGCGGCUUUCAUCGCGAGUAACCUCAUCCUUUUGUUUGUGGGGUCGAGGUAUUUGAACUUCAAUAGACGGUAA